UGAAGGACAGAGGCCAUAACAGGGACCCGAAGCAGUGCUGCAUGAAACUUAAAGAGCUGAGGCAAGCCUACCAGAAAACCAGGGAGGCAAACGGCCGCUUCGGAUCAGAGCCCCAAACAUGCUGCUUCUAUGAUGAGCUGCAUGCUAUUUUAGGGGGUUCAGCCACCACUACCCCAGCCUUGUUGUUUGACUCCUUCAAUGGAGAUGGAGGCAACAUGGAAGCAGGUUUUGGGGACGAUGAUGAGGAGGCUGUAGAUAGCUCACAGCAAACAAGCAGAGAAACCGGUUUUCCCGACAGCCAGGAACUGUUUCUCACCCUGGAUCUGGAGCCAGUACCCCCCGAACCCACCCAAGGCUGCCUCCCAGACCCACCAGGCAGAGAAGGGACCUCUGCUGCAUGUGUUUCAAAGAUCACAGGAUCUUCUCCUUCCCAGAGGCUAGCGAAAAUUAGAAGGCGAAAAAAACGCACUCGCGGUGAAAUGUUCUCUGAGCUCAUGCUGUCCUCCCACACUGACAGAGCACAGACGAAUGCGUGGAGGCAGACAAUGUCAGAGUGCAGGAAAGCACAAAAUGACUGGGAGGAGAGGUGGUGGGCUGAAGAGAGUAAGUGGUGGGCUGAAGAGAGGGCUGAAGCUGAAAGGUGGCGGCAGCGUGAUGAGAGGAGGCAGGAUGCAAUGCUGAGGCUGCUGGAGGAUCAAACUAAUAUGCCCCAGCGUAUGGUUGAGCUGCAGGAAAGGCAGAAGGAGCACAGACCGCCGCUACAGCCCCUGUGUAACCUACCGCCCUCCUCCCCAAGUUCCAUAGCCUCCUCAUCCAGACGCCCAAGAACGCGGUGGGGGGGGGCCUUCGGCCACCCAGCCACUCCACCCCAGAGGAUUGCCCAAGUAACAGAAGGCUGGCAUUCAAUAAGUGCUUUAAACUUUUAAAGUGCUGUGUGGCCUUGUCCUUCCCUCCUCCACCACCCGUCCUGGGCUACCUUGGUAAUUAUCCCCCUAUUUGUGUGAUGAAUUAAUAAAGAAUUCAUGAAUGUG